AUGAGUACCUACAGGUUCUCUCCUCAAGCAUUUGACCCGUUAAAUCUUCCCGACUUCUGGGACGAUUUCAUUGAACAAAACGACAUCGACGAGUUCUCUAAAGCGCUUUGCGCUCCUGAAUCAGUCCCCUUCGUCUCCCUCAAUGACUGGAAGCCCAUUCACCAGCGGGUGCGUCGCCGUAGAUCUAGUUCUCGCAAAAAUAAGAGGAAGGUCGUGCGGCGAACAAGGGAUGAGACCCGAGAGGGAUUUGUGUACACCUUGUUCAAGUGGCCUCUACUCCUCGUUGUCUUGGGAUGGAUCGUCAGUCUAGGAGUAUUCUACUGGAUCACUCGCUUCUACGUUUGGGUGUAUGAGAGGUUCAUCACGUGGCGAGGAAGGCGGCAGGAUCUUCGCACAAACAUACGGUCUCGGACAAAGUACGAAGAUUGGAAAGGUGCAGCGCAAGAACUAGAUCGGCACUUAGGGAAUGAGAAAUGGAAGGGUAUUGAUGAUUAUGCCUAUUAUGAUUCUGUCAUGAUCCUGAGGGCGAAGGAGGAACUGGAAAUUCAACGGACAACGGCGCUGCUGCAGCAGCAUGGUGACCCUGAAGUUCUGACAGAAGCCACUCAAAAAUUAAAGGCAUUGGUCGAGACUUGCGUUAAGUAUAAUUACGCUGGGACCGAGAAUCCAAGAGUCUACUCGGAAACGUACUAUGGUACUAAAACGCUAGUUCAGGACUUCGUAGAUGAGCUCUACGCAUCCAUUGAUCAUCUUCUUCAAGACUCGUCUCUCAAUGAGGCUGAUAAAUACUCGCUUUGCACUCACCUCAGUACCAACUUUGGGCGGACUGCGCUUUGUUUGUCGGGGGGUGCAAGCUUUGCCUACUAUCAUUUCGGUGUUGCGAAAGCAUUGCUAGACGCCACUCUAUUGCCCUCCGUAAUAACGGGCACGUCUGGGGGCGCUCUUGUCGCUGCUCUGCUAGCAACGCGGACUGAUGAGGAGUUGAGGCUUUUGCUUGUACCUGCACUCUCUCACCGGAUUAAAGCAAACUCUCUCCGUCGUGCUACACUCAUCAGCCAAUGCUUCAUUAGGUCUGCUGUCCUUGCGUCUGCUGCUGUCCCGGGUAUCUUAAAUCCCAUCCCGAUGAUGAUGAAGAAACCGGAUGGUACCAUAGGUCCCUAUUCGUUCGGGCAUAAGUGGAAAGACGGCAGCCUGAGAACAGACAUCCCUCUGAAAGCUCUGAAUCUUCAUUUUGGCGUUACAUUUCCGAUCGUAUCGCAGGUCAAUCCUCAUAUCAAUGCCUUCUUUUACGCUUCGAAAGGCACAGUAGGAAGACCAGUGACGCAUAGAAAAGGGCGAGGAUGGCGCGGCGGAUACCUAGGGAGUGCACUUGAAACUUAUCUCAAGCUAGAGCUUCAGAAGUUCCUCAAAAUACUCCGGCAUUUAGAAUUACUUCCUCGUCCGCUAGGUCAAGAUUGGUCGAGUGUAUGGCUUCAGCAGUUCAGCGGUACAAUCACAAUCUGGCCCAAAAGCCAUCCGAGCGACUUCUGGUAUAUUCUUUCAGACCCAGAUUCGUCCAGACUUGCCCGAAUGAUUCGUGCAGGAGAGCAGUCAACCUGGCCGAAAAUAUUGUUCAUUGAAAACCGUAUGAAAAUCGAGCGUUUAAUCUCCAAAGGUCUUUCAAAUACCUCCAAAGGGCGACACGAUAAUACCGAUCUAUCUACACCCCGCCAACAAAGGACAAGUUCCAAUGAAUCGGCCUUUCGCCACUCUAUUGAGACUUCAGAUACAUUGGGUGGACUCACCCAAACUAGGGAUAGAAGGUCAAGCACAUUCGAAGAAAUCAAACGGCAGAGUGGCAUUUUCUUCGAUGAUCUCGUCGAAGGUGAGGAGGAUACUGGAGAGAGCGAAAUUGAGGAAGCGUUCGUCGAGGACGGUGAAAAUGGUCCAAAAAAUGAUAGUGACGGAAUCUGA